CGUCGUUGGUCGCUGUGAGAGUGCGUAAGUGCCAUAUUGGCAUGAAGCAAUCGAGUCUAUGAAUUCGUACUGUUUUAAGUAAUUUUUGUUGUCUGCCCAUUGUUUUUUUUCCACGUAAAAGUAUUUCGUGCGUGCGAUAUGAUCGUGUAAUUUAGAGUUUUUCGAAACAGAAAUUAUUGUCGUGUCUUUCUAGUCCAUUUGUGUGUUUAUUUGUGUUCUGUAUUUUUGGAAAAUCUAUUUUGUACCUACCUAUUUUUUUUUUUUAUUAAUCGUUUAUCAAGCAACUUUUGUGUUUCUGAUAUUAUUUUACUUUUAAUAACCAAUUACUAUCGUUACUCAUCCACCGCGAUAAAACAUUAUAAUUGGGUUGCAUUGCAUGAUCAGGCCAUUGUGCACUAGUUUCUACAGUUUAAUAAUAUUCUUAUAAUAUACGUCGUCCUCGUGAAUAGUUUUUUCACUUAUAAACGCACUUUUUAUUGACAUAAAGUAUGUGGUCCAAGAGCAACGCAGACAAACUAAAAAUGGAACUUUCAGGCAAGCGGGAGAAACAACAGCAGUCCAUUAAAAGCGAGAAGGUUACUGAAGACAAUACCAAUAUAAAAAUGGAUUCUGGAUUCUUGUCUGGUGCCAAUCUGUCUUGCGAUAUGUUAUCCAAAGAGAAUAUUGAAUGCGAUGUAAAAAACAAAGACCUCAAUUUCAAACAACUAAAAGAAACACCAACAAUUGUUGUGGAUAGUGGUUUGGAUAUCUGUGAAUCGGGCUGUUUGAGUGAAUUGGAUGUUGACCAAAAAAACACCUGUAAAUCCUAUUCUAACACUGAACACAAUUGGCAGUUUUAUUUCCAACAGAAUGAAGACGGUGACACGCAACUUCAUCUUGCUAUCCUUCAUGGAUAUAUCCAAGUUUCAAAACGGUUAAUUGAUAUUUGUCCAGAUUCCAAACUAUUAGAUAUACGAAAUGAUGAUGGCCAAAGUGCUCUCCAUUUGGCUGUUAUCACAAACCAAUGUGAAAUUGUAAAAUACCUAAUGAUGGCUAAUGCCAAUGCAGAAGUAUUAGAUUGUAAUGGAAAUACAGCAGUUCAUUUGGCAUGUUAUGGUGGAAAACUAGAUUGCCUGAGAAUAUUAGCUAGUUAUGUAUUACUACCAAAAAUAUUUGAUACUAUUAAUUAUGAUGGUUUGGCAUGUAUUCAUAUUGCAACAAUUGCUAACCAUCCAAAUCUACUUAGAUUUAUUGUUAAUAGUUCAAAAAAUGUGAAUAUCACAGAUUAUAAAAGUGGAUACACGGCAUUACACUUUGCUGUAGCUCUAAAUAGAGCUAAUCUAAUUGAAUGUUUAUUAGAUAAAGUUGAUCCAAACAUUGAGAGUUAUGCUGGAAAAUUAGCAUUUGAAAUUGAUGUUGAUUAUGAUGAAGAUGAAGAAGAUAAUGAAAUUUCUGACGAUCUUGUGAAAUCAAUGAAUGUACUUCAGUUACCUAAUAACAGUUCAAUCAAGUGUUGAAGAAUUUAUUUACCAAUGUUGUUUUACCACAGAAUAGAUUAAAUGGUAAUACUAACUGUCGACACGGAGUUA